CUGAACCCGCUCGAAUGUGUUGGCGGAGAGGAUUAAACCGAGAGAAAACAUUGUCUUUCGAUGGUUUACGACCACCACAGCAAGCCCGGCGUCGUGCACAUGGACUGGUAAAGGCUCCCAGUUGGCGGUGGAGACGAGAGAACUGCGCAGUGAACGAGCUUUCGUGGAUAUUUUAGUGUUUCCCCCCCCUCGCUGGAAGCCUGUUCGCACUGUUUUCGCAAGCUAGCUGCUAGCUGCUAGCCUCGGCCCCGCGGAGCUGCGAUGGUCGUCGCGGGGUUUAGCGGAUGUGUCCGGGCCACUCUUCACUGAACCGACGACACCAAAUGGGACCGUCCAGCAUCGGGCGAAACCAUCGCGGCAUAGACUAACCUUUAAGAGACAUUUCUCUCUUUGUUUUUUGUGGGAAUUGAACCCGAGGAUUCUGUGGACUCUGCAGCAGCAGGUGUUUUUCUAGUUGGAUUUUAGCCCACUGACGUUCUCCCACAGCCAUGGAAUCGACGGUUGAUGACGAUGCAAUGGCAGCGUGAAUGAAGCUUGGCGUGGGGAGAGCUGAACGAUGCCCAAAGGUGGGGGUUCUAAAACCCCCCAGCUUGACCACUUCCCACUCAGCACCGACAUGGUGGAAAAGCAGGGUGGGAAGAAGGAUAAAGUGUUGUCAAACAAGACGCCCAAGUUGGAUCGCAGUGAUGGGGUCAAAGAGAUGAAAGAAAAGGCCCCUAAAAGGAAGCUGCCCUUUACUGCUGGAGCUAAUGGAGACCAGAAAGAUUCUGACUCAGAGAAACCAGGUCCAGAGCGGAAGCGAAUUAAAAAGGAGCCUACCAACACCCGGAAGGCGGGCUUGGCUUUUGGGAUGGGGAUGCCAGGGAUCCGGGCCGGGUACCCCCUUUCUGAGCGGCAGCAGGUGGCCUUGCUCAUGCAAAUGACAGCUGAGGAGUCCAUCAACAGUCCAGACACAACACCAAAGCAUCAGUCGCAGUCCAGUAUGGGUCAGAAGGGAACGCCAAACUCUGCAUCUAAAACCAAAGACAAAGUGAAUAAACGGAAUGAGAGAGGAGAGACUCGGCUGCACAGAGCAGCGAUCCGUGGAGAGGUACGCCGCAUCAAGGAGCUCAUCAGCGAGGGAGCUGAUGUGAAUGUAAAAGACUUUGCAGGCUGGACUGCAUUGCAUGAAGCGUGCAAUAGGGGGUUCUAUGAUGUGGCCAAGCAGCUGCUGGCAGCCGGAGCAGAGGUCAACACCAAGGGCCUGGAUGAUGACACCCCUUUACACGAUGCAUCCAGCAAUGGACAUUUCAAGGUGGUUAAGCUUCUUUUACGGUAUGGAGGGGACCCACGUCAAAGCAACAGGCGAGGUGAAACACCACUGAAGGUUGCCAACUCUCCAACUAUGCUGAAUCUAUUGCUGGGGAAAGGCACGUACACUUCAAGUGAAGACAGUUCAUCGGAAUCAUCAGAGGAGGAAGAUGCCCCCUCAUUCGCCCCGUCCAGCUCUGUCGAUGGCAAUAACACAGACUCAGAGUUUGAGAAGGGCCUGAAGUUGAAAGGGAAAACUAUGGACCCUCCUAAAUCUGCGACCACACCAGUCAAAGAUGAAUAUGAAUUCGAUGAGGACGAUGAGGAGGAACGUGUCCCUCCAGUGGACGAUAAACACCUCUUGAAAAAAGACUUUCGUAAGGAACCUGUCCCCAAGCCCAACAGCCUCACCGCCAUACCCAAGAUGGAGGUCAAAACUUAUUCCAAAAGCAACUCGCUCACACCAAAGAAAACUGUCAGGCGGAUCAUCUCUGACAGUAACAGUUCAGAUGAGGACGACAGGACGUUGUGUUUUACUUCAGCGCCUACGCCGCGGCAACAAGCCCAGCAAACAAAUACCAAGGCUAGAGACUCUGGCUCCAUGAGCUCUAAACAACAGAAAGACAAGAAUAAAGUCAAAAGGAAGCGGAAGAAGGAGCCUAAAAAUAAUGUCAGUAAAGAAGUCAAGUCUAGUAAAGUCAACGACAAAUUCUGUACAUCAGAUUCUGACUGUGGAGACAUGGAGAGUGAGGACGACAAGGGCUCAAAUAGUAUAAAGGACUCAUCUACAGUGAGCCUGAAAGAAUCCCCUGGCUUUAACGCAUCCUCCUCCUCCUCUUCCCAUGGUACCUCGAACUCACAAAAACAAGCACCGUCAUUAGCAGAACAGCAUCCAAAGCAGUGGAGGACAGAUGGAUGGAAGACUGUGUCCUCUCCCACAUGGUCAGACGUCAGUUCUCUCUCUGAUUCAGUCAGAACAAGACUAUCCAGUGAGUCUGACUACUCCUCCGCUGAUUCCAGUGUAGAGUCAAUAAAACAAGUCAAGAGGAAAGCACAGGAGAGCAAAAAGAAGAAUAACAAUGUGCACAGUAACACAGUGGACAAGAAAAAUUCUGAGCUCUACAAAAACUCCAAUGCAGAAAGUGCGGUCUCGAAAACUGACGUAGACGGCAAAGUUCUGAAAAAGCAUAAAGUGAAGCACAAGCACAAAAAUAAGGAAAAGGACAAGGCUCCUAGUCUAGUGCUUAAUCAAGACAUGAAUGAGAAAUUUGUCAAGAGCUAUUCUUUUGAUUAUGAUGAUUCUAGGCAGAAGUCCCUAAUCGUUGAGUCAGAGUCACCAGCUGAGAGCAAAGUCAAGUUAUCCAAACAUGAAAAAGACCAUUCGAAAAAGGAGGACAGGCUUUUGAAAAGUAAGUCUGAUGAUAAGGAUUGGUCGUCUGGGAAAGACCUGCACAGAACGACAAAGGAAGAGAAAAACAAAAAAUCUAAGGACUCCACCAAGGACAAGACCAGUAAGGAGGAGAGGGAGAAACCAGUAAAACCUGACAAGGAGAGAGCUGUCAAAGAGAAGGAGAAGCCCAAGGAGGAUAAACAAAAAGCUCACAAAGAGGAGAGGAAGAAAAAGUCCAAGGAGAAGUCCUCCUCAAAGGCAGACCGGAAAAGUGAGCAGAAAGAGGAAAAACAUCUUAAGGUGGACAAGGAGAAAAACACCAAGGAGGAAAAAGAGAAAUGUAAAAAAGACAAGGCACCGAAGGAAGAGUCUGAGUAUGAAGGCUAUGACGUCAACAACCAUUUCCUCAACCUUGAUGACACAAAGCUCAGUGCCUCAGACGACCACCAUGACAGAUGGGGCUCCGAGAUGUCCUCUGACUCCUCCCUCUACGAAGAUGACAGUUGGGAUGCUCCCAUUAAAGAGUACAAGGAAUACAAAGCCAACAACGCUGUUAAACUCAUUGUUGAGACUGUUAAGGAAGAGACCAGGAGGAAAGAAAUCAAAGUCAAGGACAAGAAAUCGGAUCACAGUGAGAAAAGGUCAGAGAAGGAAGCCACAUCUAGAAAGAAAGACAAAGACUCCUCUGAAAAGACAAACGAAAAGAAAAAAGACUGGUCUGAAAAACAAAAAUUAAACUUGAGUCACUCAGUCGAAAAAGAAAAGAAGCGGAAGGAGUCCACAGAAGUGGUUAAAGACAAAAAGGACAAGGAUUCUUUGGACAACAGUCGAGACCGUAAAGAUUCACACGAGUCCAUAAAGGAUAGAAAGGACAUGAAAAUCAAACAGGAAUCUACAAGAGAUGAUUUUUGCAAUGAUGCUUUCUUUAAAGACAUUGAUGCUGCAAAAUCAUGUGAUGUCCGAGAGAGAAACUACUCUGGAAAGGAGAAAGAGAAGAAGGGGGACGGCACAGACAAGAGAGAAAAGACUAAAGCGGACAAGCACAAAGACAAAACAAAGGACAGAGGCACUGAUCAGGAGAAGGAAAAAAGUGAGAAAAGCUUGACAGAAAAACCUGCCAAGGAAAAGGAUACAGACCGGGGCACCAAAGACAAGAAGGAGGUAGUAAAAGACAAACACAAAGAGUCUCACGGCAAAGACAAAGAUCGAAAGAUGUCUUCAGAACAGACCAAGGAGAAGAAAGAAAAGGCCUCUCAAGACAAACACACCGAUAGGGAGAAAGACUUUGUGGAGCUAAAGAAAGAGGAAAGAAAACCAGAGAAAACCAGAGAGAAAACGUGGUACAAGAUUGCCGACAUAUUCACUGAUGAGAGUGACGAUGAGGAGGAGAGCUACAAUGGUGGUGUGCUUGUGUCUGACUCCAUCAGGAAAGACUCAACACCUGAUGUGGAGGAGUCAGAUCAUUUCCCUUUAGAAAAAAUAAGAAAAUCUUCUGUGGAAGCUAAGCACAACACUGAAAAGGCAAAAGACAAAGACCACAAAGAAAAGAAGAAAGAAAAGGCUACAUUUGACACCGGUAAAGAGAGGAAAGGCUCCCUGGAGAAACACAACAAGGACAAGAAGGACUGUGUGGAUGCAAAACACAAGGAGAGAAAAGACAGAAUGUCAGUGGACUCAAACCUAGAGAAGAAAAAUAAGCAGAAGCUCCUGGACAAAAGGGACACGAGUGAGGAAAAGACAAAGAGCAAAUAUAAAGACAAGCUGGAACACUCAAAGGAAAGGAAACCAUCAAAAGGCAGUGGUGAGAAUGAAAAGUCCCUUUUGGAAAAAUUGGAGGAGGAAGCGAUGAAUGACUAUAAGGACGACUCCAAUGAUAAGCAUAGUGAAAUCUCCUCAGAUAGUUUCACUGACAGAGGUCACGAGCCAGUCCUCACCAGUUACUAUGAAUCCAUCAGUCUUACUGACGUGUCUGAGGACAGGCGAGACUCCCUGUCCAUAUCUACACCCCAGGACAAGUUCAGAGAGAAAGAAAGACAUCGACAUUCCUCUUCAUCCUCGUCCAAGAAAAGCCACGACAAGGAUAAAGAAAAGGUCAAGAAAGAAAAAGGCGACAAACGUGACAAGACGGAGGAGAUAAGAGAGUCCUACAGCCGCAGAGAGAGCCUACCUUUUGAGAAAGAGUCCAUGCCUCUAGAAGCUGACCCUUAUACUUUCCCAUUCGGAGUUAAGGGAGACGGAGACGAUGACUUUGAGAAAACUUUGGAGUUUGAAAAAGAGAUGUCCAAAAAAGACAAAGACAAAUCUUCGAGUGUCAUCAGUGACAGAAUGAAGGACAAAAAGAAAAAGGAGAAACAUAAGGAAAAAGUUAAGGAGGAGAAAAAUAAGUACAUCGAUGGCUUUGGGUCAUUGAAACACUCCAAAGAGGAUGUAAAGUCAGGCUUGAAAGACAGCCCACAGGUCACCGUUCUCAAAGAUAGGUCAAAGGAAGACAGUCCUAAAUUCGAUAUGAAAAAAGACAGAAAUCGGGAUAUACUGGACAAAGACAACAGGGUGGACCACAGCAAAUCUAAGGCUAAGGAUGAAAAUGAAAAAAUCACUCAGUCCAAAGACACAGUGCGGAAAGACAAUCGGCCGCGUGAAAAACUGUUGGUGGACGGUGAUUAUCAAAUGACGAGUUUUGGUCAGAUGUUGAGUCUAAAAGACCAGGAGAUUGAAGAGCGCCACAAGAAACACAAAGAGAGGAUGAAGCAGAUGGAAAAGCUGAGACCCAAGUCAGGGGACCCUAAACUGAAGGACAAAACCAAGUCCACAGAGGAAGUACGAAAAAACCGCAGUGAACUUUCGUCAAAGAAAUCCAACAGCCUGGAAUCUGGUCUUAAAGAAAAGAAGCUGAAGGAUGUGGGUCUCCCACCGCUUAUUAUUUCUCCGGGCGGGAAGUUCCAGCCUUCGGACAGUCAAAACUCAAAGGACUGGCUGGGCGGACCCCAAAUGAAGGAGAACCUCCCUGCUUCUCCCAGGCCGGAUCAAAACAGGCCGACUGGUGUCCCCACACCGACAUCUGUGAUCUCCUGCCCCAGUUUUGAGGAAGUGAUGCAGACUCCACGUACCCCAUCAUGCAGUGCAGAGGAUUACCCUGACAUAAUGUUGGAUGGGUUGGAUUGUCAGAACUCAACAGCUAUGACCAUGUCAAUGAAUGCCUGCUCUCCAUCGUUCUUUGAAAGCAGGUAUUCUAACUCCCAGAGUUUCCAGGAAGGGACCUGCCCUACCCCUGCGAAGAACCUUCAGCUUUCACUCGUCAGCCGCUCUGCAUCCUCAGACGUCCGCAGGCCGCUGGAGGAUGAGUUUAAGGCUGAGGCUGACAAGUUCCUUCCACAGGAGACUGAUCCAGAAGCCGACUUUGAUCCAACCUCUGCCCAAACUCCAGAGGACAAAUCAGCAGAUAGGCUAGAGUGUCUGUCUUCUCCUUAUUUCUCCCCAUUGGGAAUGUUGUCCCCUCAGCAGGAGCCAGCACUUCCUACACCAGAUGUGGCAGAACCAGCUCUGACUGGUUCUGAGGGUAGUGAACACCUUCCUGAAAGUGUAUACAGCUUCUUGCCGAAACCCUCUACACCGGUUCACAGGCCAGACCCCCAGGAGCCCUGCUUCGACAUCGCUGCACCACCAACACCAGCUCCUGCUGCUUUGCCACCCCUGGACCUCGAUGACAUCUCUGAGCCUCACCACAGUGAACCUAACCUCGUCAUCUCUGAUCUUCCUUCUGUCACAGAAGAGGAGGAGCAGGAAGAAGAGGAGGAGGACGAAGAAGAAGCAGAUGAAGAAGAAGAAGAAGAAGAAGAGGAAGAAGAGGAAGAAGAGGAGGACGAUGAGGAAGAAGGCGACAUGGACGAGAGAGCUGAUGGAGACCACUGUGCAGUGGAGGAGCCUGAGCAAACAAGGGAGCCAGUUUCCUUCUCCCCUCAGGUUGAGGACCCUCUGAGGAAGAGCUGGCCUGCAGAGUCUCCAGACCGACAGGAUCCAGAAGUCCAUGAGGUGUCUCCCACACACUCUGCCCCCAACCAGGGAGAGAACUGUUUUGAUCACAGCAUGGGCUGGAACCCCAAUAUGGACCUCAAAUCUCCCCACAGGACAUACGGGGAAAUAGAGGCUGCUGUCUCCAAAAUAACCAGUCCUUACUCUCAUUCAGACAGUGAUAUGCUUCACUUGUCUGGACACCCCUCUGUUACUCCCCCCUAUGCCUGGAACAGGUGGCACAAAGAGGAACCAGAGGACUUUGAUGAGCAGAAAGAGGCUGUGGCUGACAUCCCCUCCCCAGAGAGACGUGACUCAGUAAUCGAUGUGGAACCUAACUAUCUAAACACCUCAUCCUCUUCCAACAGGCUGGAGUCUUUCUUCCAAGAAUGCAACAAACCAAGCAUGGAGGAUACUCACCAGAUAGUUGAAGAGCCAACAUGUGUAGAGCCAGACAGCAGACAGAGUACUCACACUUUCAGUGCUACAAGUGAAGUCAUCAUGAGUCCAACAGUGGCACCUGAGCCUGUGGUGCCCUGGGCAGACCCAUUCUCAGCUGACACAGAUGAGCUAGAUGACCUGGGACCAUUCUCUUUGCCUGACCUACCACUACCAGACAAGUCAGAAGAAGGUGAAUCUCGAGACCCUGAACCAGCUGACCUCACCCAAACUGUGCCCAUCCACAUCAGACACAGUAUCACAGAGCGAGAUGACCCAGACAUAAUAGAGGUGGACCUUCCAAGCCUGGCUAAGACCACAGGCCCUGCUGGAGACCUAAGUUUGGAGGAACCUACCGGUCAAGAUUUGGUCGUACCGUCACCACAUGACAACUUCCAACAGGACUUGGACCUUGAGCCUCAAAGUGUGCCGGUCAACAACUCUGUAUCUCUCAUUCAACAACAGGAGAGAAAAGGAUCUUAUAUAGAGCCUGAUGAGUCGGAGACUAAUAUGUUGUAUUCAGCUGCGAGUCCAGAUGCCAGUCAGCAACAUCACCCACAGAUCCACUCCCUCACUGAGUCGCUGCAGUUACCCCUGGAUUCAGUGUCUGCUGUCAGGUCAGAUGUGAUGCAGGAGGAGAUGUCUGAGCCUGUAGCAGAAUCUGUGACAUGCAGUCCUCUUCCUCAGCCACCAGUGGCAGUCAGCCUCUCCAGCCCACUGGAACUACCAGACACUCAGGAGACCACGUCCAAGCUAAUACCUGUAACUCUGACCACUGUGUCCACCAUUAUUGACAUCCCGAAGAAAGUGGAUGAAAUCCCCCAAAGGAUUACCCGCAAUCGCGCCAAGAACAAUCCCUCUGCCGCUACUGUCCCUUCUACCUCCAGCAUAAUAACCUCAUCUGCUACUGCCAACCCUGUAACGACCAGUCCAACAGCGAGCAUUAACGUGAUCCCCAUUCGAACCCCAACACCCACCUCAGGCUCCUCCAUCUCAGUUCUGAAGAAAGACAAGGAAUCUGUAAUUCAUGUCACCUCUACUGCAUCUAUUUCAACCCCUGCAGUUUCUGUACCUACUUCUGUGACAACUCCUGCAUCAGUGGUUCUCAGUAAGACGACAAAAGGACGCCCUCUCCAGGUGGAUGAAGAGGAGUCUCAGACCCAGCAUCCGCGGAAGAGGAGAUUUCCACGUUCUACUGGGCAGCAGGUCCAGGUUCAGCUGGUAAACACGGCCAUGCAGCAGACCAGGGAAAUGAUUCAGCAGACUCUGGCUGUUGUAGUAAAUGCCAUCAAGCUGGACGAUAUCGAGCCCUACCACUGCGAUCGUUCCAACCCUUACUUUGAGUACCUGCAGAUCAGGAAGAAGAUUGAGGAGAAGAGGAAGAUUCUGUGUUACAUCACCCCACAGGCCCCACAGUGUUAUGCUGAAUAUGUGACUUACACCGGCUCCUACCUGCUGGAUGGCAAGCCGCUCAGCAAGCUUCACAUCCCUGUGAUUGCACCACCUCCAUCACUGGCAGAACCUCUGAAGGAGCUCUUCAGACAACAAGAGGGAAUAAGAGGGAAGCUCAGGUUGCAGCACAGCAUAGAACGGGAGAAGCUGAUUGUGUCAUGUGAGCAGGAGGUUUUAAGAGUCCAUUGCAGGGCAGCCAGGACAAUAGCCAAUCAGGCCGUGCCAUUCAGCGCCUGCACCAUGCUAUUGGACUCGGAAGUGUACAACAUGCCAUCAGAGAGCCAGGGUGAUGAAAACAAAUCUGUGAGAGAUCGCUUCAACGCUCGCCAGUUCAUUUCCUGGAUUCAGGAUGUGGAUGAUAAAUAUGACCGCAUGAAGACGUGUUUGUUGAUGCGACAACAGCAUGAGGCAGCAGCGCUCAACGCAGUGCAAAGGAUGGAGUGGCAGUUGAAGGUUCAAGAGCUGGACCCAGCAGGACACAAGUCCCUCUGUGUCAACGAAGUGCCGUCCUUCUACGUGCCAAUGGUCGAUGUCAAUGACGACUUUGUCCUGCUGCCUGCAUGACACACCUGUGAUCACAGAUCGAGCGCAAACUUUGUCUGAAUCACUUCUUCAUAAAGAGACUUCGUUGAACAGAACGAAUGGAAAGGGCUAGCAAGUUCGACAGAGGACUUUAGACAAGAAAAAAUUAUAUUCUAUAGAAAAAGUAAAGAUGAAAAACUUGCUCUCAAUUCCCUUCCACGAAGAAGGAAACAUGUUUUUACUGGGGAAAAAGAAAAUACACAACUUGCACUUUCAUCCUCAAACGUUUUUACGCUUUCGUUAGGUCAGAGUGCGAGAAGCAGAAACAGUUUUUGCUUUGAGGCUCUGACAUCAGGACACAGCUCCUCAGCGCUCGGUUACAGUGAGACCGGGGACAGAGAUAUUUUUUCUUCAUUUGUUUUUAGUCCCUGCUCCAAUAGAGCCACCACCCCUGGGAUGUAUCUGCAAAGAGUUAUCUCAGCAGUGUGGUGCCUGUCGUGAAGGAGGACUAAGGUGAAGCCUCCCCUGUUGAUCCGGGGCUCCUAGUGGGCCAGGAGAACCAGACAGAGUCAGUGCUGGUCUAUCAACAGAGUUGCGGUGCAUUAUGUGGAUCUUCAAUGUGGAUCUACACCAAGAAAUCUGGGACAGACGGACCUGGAAGCUAGAACCACACCCAGAGGACGCCGUUUCGGUUCACCGCACCAACUCGGUCUGAGCGGCAGCGCAACAGAGCCUGCAGCAGGUCGUAACAUAGCAGAGGGCUAGCGAUGUGUGUGCACGUCAGGGCCCAGUAUCUGAGGGGAAGAGACUGACCCUUCAGCCUCUCAGCCUGGCUACACAGAAGAGGACAGGCAUGGAUCGCCGAGGACCGACCGGAGUGAUCCUCGGCCACCGUGUUUGCUCCGACACAAAAACAUCAGACCGCCGUGGACUGCAGAAACUCCACAUGACAACCAGAAGACACAAACAUAACGAAUGUCAGACUCAAAGAGACUAUUGAGAAAUUGUGGUUUAGCGGGAGAGAAAUAUUGUUUUUGUCUAUUUCUUUACUUGGGCAUUUCAUUGCUUCUGAGGAAGUGACUUGAAACACUACAGAGCCAAUAUUAGUUUAAUGGAAAAAAACAAAAGAAAACUGAAAAAAAGUUGUAUUCCGUAAAUUAUGUACAGUUUUUAUAUUCGUUAACCAAUGUAUUCUUGCUGCCUUCUAGAUAAUUUAUUUUGCCACACAUUACUGCACAGUUGUAAAUAACCUAUGUACUGUAAUAUCACUCAGUUAAGUGUAAAGAAAAAACAGAAAAGAAAUAAAAAUUAUCUUUUUAUGUACAGUUCACUUUUGGGCAGCACUUUCCCCCCCUUCAUAUCCAUGGGCCAAAAUGUGUACACGAUUCUGUCAGUAUUGGAAAGACUCCAGUGCACAGUCAUACGAUCCCAUCUCUAGAUCCCGUCCAGGCUCGGAUAAGAAGUCUCACCUGGACGCGGAUCACCACAAAACACAAAUAGCUGACAGAAAACACUUGUGGAUUUAGCCAGCCUCCCACAGGCCAACCACCAUAUAGUCCCUCGGAUGUAGCAGAAUAACUGUUGAGGAUUUAUUUAAAGUAUAGACAGAGGAUUAUUAUUCAUUGCUUUACUACACAAUUAUAUCUGAAAAUUUUCAAACCAAGAAAAUGCCUUUUUCAGUGAAAAAAAUGUACUCAUUGUUGGGCAAGGUCACAGAUAUAUAUCAGUGGGGUGAAAGUUGGAGAGAUGUCAUUUACGAGCAAUGCCAUCGUGUUCAUGUUAGUAUGGUUUCAUUUUUCUUGUUUUUACUUUUAAAAAAUUGGACUGAAUCAUUUCGAAUGAUCACAAAACAUUGGGUGAAACCAACAAGACGCAGGUCUUUCAGCAUUUCAUUAUAUGUUCUGUUCUCCCAGCUCGUCUGCUUUUCACACGGAAAAGACUGAAGAGCUGUAACAGCUUUUGAAAGCUUUCAUUCCACAGCCAUGUCACGCUGUUCCUGUCGGUCUGUCUGCCCCUCGGCCAGUGUUGGAGACCAGCUUAUUUUCUUGGUGCUGUUCCAAUUUUACUCACUGGAUGGCGCCAGUGGCUCUGCGUGUCAGAAAAUUCAAGAACCCUAUUUGGCUUUGCAUGAGACCUGUGGCCUUUAAAUAUAUUUUAUGUUUUUAAAUAUAUUUAAAUUUUACUAGAACCCAUAGAGAGUUUAAUUCUCUUAGUUUGGCCGUCAGUUAAAUCAUUCUCGGCUCAAGAACAAACACAUUUUUUAUCCGUGCUUAAUCUGAAAGGCGUUUGGCUUUGUCGUUGUCAGGGAUUAUAAAUGUUAGGUUACUUCUUGAUAUAACUCUGAUGUGUCGGGGGCAUUGUUAUGAUUUUGAGUCUUGCGUUGGGCCCAAGCAAAACAGUUAUGAGACGUAGAUCUUCUCAGAAUCAACUAAAAAGUGAACAGACAUCAACACAGACUGUAGAGGGGGAAGAUAUAGCCUAAUGCUGAAAAGACCAUUUGAAAUCCCAUUGAAAUGUUGAUUUGUGACAACCUGUAUUGAUUCUGUUUAUUUCGUGGGUCUUGGUUUUGAAAAGCUUUCCCGACCUGCCACACAGCCGACGUUCUGUCCGUGUGUGAGAGCUGCUCACGUAUCCUGAUGGCAAUAUUAUCUGAACCUCUUUAAGUUAUUUACACACUGUCAGUCAACAUAGCUGUGUAUGGUAUGUCUAGUGCUAGUGCAAUGGUUGUUGCUAUUACACUGUGCAGACAAGGUGGCUAGAUGCAUUGUCCUGGAUAGUUUUUGACAGAUCCUGGUUGUUAAAUACACACACACACACACACACACACACACACUUGGAUUCAUAUAGCCAGAAAUUUGGUUUCAAACCCUUGCUUGUCUUGAUUUAGUUUUUAUUUUGUUGUUGGUUUCUUACAGUUUUUUGGGACGAGGGGUAAUGGGUGUCGUUUGUUCACAAAAUCCUUGUGUUUGUUUUUUUUAGCUCAGUGUUUGUAGUUUUGAAUGUUGUUGUGUUUAUCUUGUUGUUUUUUUUUCUCUUUCUAAUUCAGACAUAAACACCAGUGGCAUGUCAAUCACAUUGCUUAUCGAGCAGAAUGUAUACCGUUACUAUGCCCCGACCGACAACACCCUCUCACUAUUGUUUACAAGACAUCAAGUGUGUUUCCGUUUCCUGCGUCACCUUUUUAACGGUUUGAGCCCCGCCUUUGUUUUUGUUUUUUACUUCUGUAAUGAGUCUUUUAUUUGAACCACAAAGGCUUGAAAUAGUGAUGGUUGACAUAUAAGUGACAGGCUAUUUCUCCCGCCCCCCGGUCUGCGGUACAGUGUCACCUAGAGCAAUUGAGUAAAAACACUUCCCACUGCGUCAAUUCUCCAGUGUGAAUAUUCAACUGACAAAAGGAUAGAGUUCUGGAUCAAAUUGAAGAAAGAAAAAAAAGACAUAAAACACACGUCAGUCCUCAGAUGCACAGUAGAGCACUUGACCGUGGUGAUACAGAUGCUAGCCUGACACCACCUCAGUCAACAACAUAUUACCUCUACUCUCCUUACAUUCACUCAUAAUGUUUAUUUUAGAUUUGUUAUUCGUUGUUUUUAUUCUUACUGGACGUAAAUAUACAUAUUUGCUAUUUUUUCAUUAUAUAUAGAAUCACAAUUUCAAGCCUUUUUUUCUAGUUUUCUUUUGUUUUCUUUUUUUUAAUUAAAACCCAGACUGUAGCUGUUUCUUUGUUCCUUUUUUAGAAUGGAAAAUGACUAAUAAAAAGCAUGGAGAACUACUCUUUAAAUGGUGAGAAAUAACCUAUUUAUUAUCUUUUUGUUUUUUCUGACACCUGUGGUAUGUUUUGAGUUGAAGUUGGUCUCCGCUGUGUAAAUUUUCCUCCUUGUAAUGCGUGAAAGAGACAUACUGUACAUAGCUCUGUAAAUAAAACCUCCCAGGACGUUUUGCACCCUC